AUGGGAAAAUCCACUAACCUAGAAAGCUUAGUUAGAUUAUGUGAUGCAAUCGAAACUAUCUACACGAGGGAUAACCUUCGCAAACCUAUGCCUAGGGACCUCCAAAGGCUUCUUCAAAAAGCUGAGGCUCGAGGUUUCCUAUGCAUUAUUGGAAGCAUCGACUACAUGCACUGGCAAUUGAAGAAUUUCCCAAUUGCCUCGCAAAGGAGAUUAUGGGAAUAUGAAGGGCCAAAGAAGUAUUAUUCUAGAAGCCGUUGCAUUACUCGAUACCUGGGUUUGGGCAUGCCUUUUUCGAAGUUAAGGGAUCUCAAAAUGACCUUAACGUCCUCGGUCAAUCCCCAGUGUUCAAUGAUGUGUUGA